GGUGGACAUGCAACUGCCAGACCUCGUUCCUGAGGACACAUCUGUUGCCACGUUCCGUAUGACUAAGAGGAGAAAGAAACUCAGCAUUUCUGAAUUUGAGAGAGCAGCAGACAAACGACUUCCCCAGAACCAAGCUCAGUCAACGUUGGACAGCACUACUUUGGCUCGAUCUCUUCGCAUGUCUCUUGGUUCCUUGGUCUCAGCAGACAGUGUUGAAAAGAGAGGCUUGCUCCGAAGGCCAAAAAAUCGCAAAGCUAUUGACAUGGAAGCUUUUGAAGGCGGAGUGGAACAAAACAUGCUGAAGAGAAAAGCACGGAACUAUCUUGUGGACUCACAGACAGCGUCUGGGAUUCGAACAGCCUUGCUGACAAGCGAUACAGAAAUCGUGCUGAGUAACACGGAGCUCUUUGUUCAGCCUCAGUUUGAUGAACAGAGCCAAAAUAAGCUCUCUGCCUUUGAACCCCAGCUAUCGGAUUCAAAAACUCCAGCACAGAGAAGCAAGAUUUCUGAUGCAGCUCAAGAGGAAGCAAGGCUGGUGAGCCUGGUAUCCAGUGUGGGCACAAAUAAGGGAAGGACCCAAAGAUCUUCUGAGGACUUAAUCCUUGAUCGUGAGCAUGUUGACAGAAUGACUCAUAUGCCUCCAAAAACACCCUCAAACCAGCGAGGAGAUAAGCAAGAUCAUUCCCAGCAGAGUAUCGCAAGGGAGCAGCGUUCUGUUUCAGAAGAGGUGGUGGCUGGCACUGUUACUAGAUGGAGUCCCUCUUUGCAAUCCAGAAGGUCAAAUAAAGCUUUGGGAUCCCCAGGCACCCUAAAGCCUAAGAGAUCUUUCGGCAUGUAUUUGAGAGAAGUUGUGUCCCAUAUAAUUGAAGACCUAGAUGUAAGCGGUGCAGAAGAAGAGAUGGCUAAUGCAGUGAACGAAGCGGAACAGGAAAAGAUGUUCAGAGAGGCAUCUGAGCCUCCUGCAAAUGCUGGAUAUUCCGAACAUUUGGAGAGGAAACUGUCCAGAAAAGCAGAAUUGCAGAUAACUGCGGCACAGCAUGCCGGAGUUGGAACAGAAGUGGCUCCUUCAGAAGAAGAGGGAAUAGCAGGAGGCAGCUUUGAACGCCAGGACUCUCUGGAAGCUGAACACAAGAUUGCCAAAGGUGUUGGAGCUGGAAGUCCGGACAGGCAUUCUCAUGCUUUUUCCUCCUCUGAAAAAUCUGGGAUGAAGCCAUUAAAAGAAGCUGUUGAACAAGCAGAUGAACUAGAAGAUGAGGCUAUCAUGGUAGAAUUGGAUGGUCUGGAAGAAGAGUCUACUGAGGAUGAAGCCGAAGACCCUGAGAGUGAAGAGGUUUCCAUGAAGACACCCGCGUUUGUCCGUGCGGCAGCCUGCAAGCCACUGCUGCCAACUCCACAUCCUGCAAAGCCUGCUACUCCCAAGUCUCUCCUGCAGCCGCUGCGGGCUAAGCCAGUUCCGAAGAGCUCAGGAGCGUCGCGGAGGAAAACACGUGAGCCUGAAGUACCAAGUAGUUUGAUAAAGAAGAUAUUUAGCCAUUAUGCGAAAAUGCCAGUGGCCAGAGAUGCGUUCAAAAUUGUUGAAAAAUGCUGCGAGAGAUACUUCAAGCAGCUCAGCAGCGAUCUGGAAGCUUACAGCCACCAUGCGGGGAGGAAGACAGUGGAGAUGGCUGACCUGGAAGUCCUCAUGAGAAGACAAGGGCUGGUGACAGACAAGAUGCCGUUGCACGUGCUGAUAGAGCGUUACCUCCCUCUGGAGUACAGGAAGCUCCUGAUUCCGGUUGCCGUGAGUGGAAAUAAAGUGAUCCCCUGCAAAUGA